AUGUUAGCGACAGGUGGAAAAUCGGGGCUGAAGUCGCAGGGGACUAUAUCCAGCGCUAAACAAUUACGAGUUGACCAGAAAAAGUUCGGUUCGCGUUCGAUCCGUCGCUCGGUGCGCAGUGGCUCGCUAAAGCUGAAGCAGACGUACGAGCACUUGCUGGAGAACGGAGACAUCGGCGCGGCCUCGCGCGUAGUGCCGUCGUCGCGCGCGCGCCCGCCUUAUCUCGACAUACGCCUGCUGCAAGCCAAGCGGCAGCAGGCUGAGAUGAGAAGGAACCAGCGCGAGGAAGACCUGCGCGAGAACCACCCGCUGUUCGACACGCCGCUGCUGCUAGUGGCGCGCGAGUCGCGCUUCCGCAAGGUGUGCCGCGCCGUCGUGGACGCGCGCUACGACGCGCGCCUGCGCGACCCCGUCACCGGCAACGAGCGCAAGGUGCACUACAAGAGCUUCCAUAAUUUCCUGGGUCUGGUUACCUACUUGGACUGGGUAAUGAUCAUGGUGACUACUCUGUCCUGUUUAUCGAUGAUGUUUGAAACACCCACGUAUAGAGUUAUGGAGAACUUCGUACUUCAGAUCGCAGAAUAUGGCUUCGUUAUAUUUAUGAGUCUUGAACUCGCGCUGAAAAUAUUAGCUGACGGCUUAUUUUUUACACCCAAGGCGUAUCUUAAAGAUGCUGCUGCUGUAUUGGAUGUUUUUAUUUACGUGGUUUCACUGACUUUCCUGUGUUGGAUGCCAGUGCGAGUUCCACCGGGCUCUCCGGCGCAGAUGCUCAUGAUUCUCCGCUGCGUGCGUCCUCUACGUAUUUUCACGCUUGUACCGCAUAUGCGCAAGGUCGUUUACGAGCUUUGCCGUGGUUUUAAGGAAAUACUUUUGGUAUCUACCCUCCUCAUUUUACUGAUGUUCGUGUUUGCAAGUUAUGGCGUUCAAUUGUACGGUGGGAGGCUUGCACGUUGCAAUGAUCCGACGAUCGCGCGUCGUGAAGAUUGUGUGGGCGUAUUUAUGCGACGCGUUUUUGUCACCAAAAUGAAGAUAAGACCUGGACCAAAUGAAACUUUUCCAUCAAUGCUGGUGCCUAGAGUGUGGGCAAAUCCAAAACGAUUUAACUUCGACAACAUUGGCGAUGCACUUUUGACAUUAUUUGAAGUACUCUCAUUCAAAGGAUGGUUGGAUGUCCGUGAUGUGUUGAUCAAAGCUCUUGGACCCGUUCAUGCUAUUUACAUACACGUAUACAUAUUUCUUGGCUGUAUGAUUGGAUUGACUUUAUUCGUGGGUGUUGUAAUCGCAAACUACUCCGAGAACAAAGGCACCGCCUUGUUGACGGUUGAUCAGCGACGAUGGUGUGAUUUAAAGAAGAGACUGAAAAUUGCUCAGCCGCUUCAUUUGCCUCCUCGACCUGACGGCAGGAAGAUUCGUGCCUUUGCUUAUGACGUCACGCAGAAUUUAUCAUUCAAACGGAUCAUCGCUAUCGUUGUUCUCAUUAACAGCGGCUUACUGGCUGUUACGUGGUCGCGGCACUCGGCGAACACGGAGCGGCUGGCGCUGACGUCGGCGCUGCUGACGCUGGUGUUCGUGGUGGAGGUGGUGCUCAAGACCGUCGCCUUCACGCCGCGCGGCUACUGGCAGAGCCGCCGCAAUCGCUACGAUCUGCUCGUCACCGUCGCCGGCUGCAUCUGGAUCUUCAUGCACUUCACGCUCAAAAACGACCUAUCAUACUUUGUGGGAUUCAUGGUGGCUAUACUGCGUUUCUUCACAAUCACGGGCAAGCACACGACAUUGAAGAUGCUGAUGCUGACCGUAGGCGUGAGCGUUUGCAAGAGUUUCUUCAUUAUAUUCGGCAUGUUCCUCCUGGUGUUCUUCUACGCGCUUGCUGGUACGAUAGUAUUUGGCAACGUUAAAUACGGCGAAGGAAUCGGAAGACGUGCGAACUUUAACUCGCCAAUACACAGCGUGGCGAUGCUGUUCCGUAUAGUGACGGGCGAGGACUGGAACAAGAUCAUGCACGACUGUAUGGUGGCACCGCCGUACUGCACGCCCGCGGACAACUACUGGGAGACGGACUGCGGCAACUUCACCGCCUCGCUCGCAUACUUCUGCACUUUCUACGUCAUCAUCACGUACAUCGUGCUUAACUUGCUUGUCGCUAUCAUAAUGGAGAACUUUUCAUUAUUCUAUUCAAACGAAGAAGACGCUCUGCUGUCCUACGCAGACAUAAGGAAUUUCCAAAAUACCUGGAAUAUUGUAGAUGUACACCAGAAGGGUGUUAUUCCUGUACGAAAGGUUAAAUUCAUCUUGCGAUUGCUGAAGGGUCGUUUGGAAUGUGAUACACAUAAGGAGCGUUUGCUAUUCAAAUACAUGUGCUACGAACUCGAGCGUCUGCAUAAUGGCGAAGAUGUCACCUUCCAUGACGUCAUCAAUAUGCUAUCUUACCGCACAGUCGAUAUCCGGAAGAGUUUACAAAUGGAGGAAUUAUUAGCUAGGGAGGAGUUCGAAUUCUUGAUCGAAGAGGAAGUUGCCAAGCAAACAAUACGUACCUGGCUCGAAGGCUGCCUCAAAAAAAUACGAGCCAACAGCAGCAAACAACAAACAAGCUUGAUUGCUGGUUUGAGGAAAACGAAUGAACAGAUUAUAGACAUACCCAAUGAGAAGUCUGAAAAGGAGAAAUUGGAUACAGAAUCUCAGCAAGUGGUUGCCAACGCGGGUCGUACGGAAAUAACGGAGUCUACUUCUCAACCGAUAAUGUCAAAUAUGACCUCAUCGUUUGAUUCUCAACCAAAACGAUCGUCAACAAAAGGACAAUUCAAAAGACCUGGCUUAUCAUCAGUUACACUACCAAGACCCGAAAGUCCCGUUAAGAAGUACCUCCAGCCGACGUUAAGUGAUCCUCAUCCUACUUUGCAUAAAAAAGCGCCACCUGUAAUGAAGACUAACGUGCGCGUGCACAACACGGGCGCGGCGGCGUGCGGCGCUGGGGGUGCGGGGGGUGGCGGUGCGGGGGGCGCAGGGGGCGCGGCGGGCGCGGGCCCCGCGCUGCACCAACUGCACGACUGGUGGCGCGCGCAGCUGGCUGCGCAGCACCACGCCGAGUAG